CUCUCUGCAACUCUUCUUCUUCUCUCUCUCCCGCCCGCGGUAAAUAUCUGAAAAUCGUAAUAAAUCUUCAAUCUUUUGAAUCUGAGCGCCGUGGCAUUCCCGUAAUUAACCCCAAAACCGAUGACCCAUUUAAGUACAGGAUUGCUCAGAUUCUGUCUCUCACUCAUAGACUGAGCUCCAGCUAUUCAUUUGAUUCUCUCUCAGCUCAAAAACUCAUCUUCUCCUCUCUUCUAUUCUCUCUCUCUAUUUUCUCACACGAAACGACGUCGUCAGCCGGCGUUUCUAUCUAUGCAGCAGUACCAAGACUCGAGCUUGUUUAGCGGCUAAACCGACGCCGGAAUCUCGAAUGCGUUAUCGCCGGAGCUCCGGUCGCUGAGCGAUGGGGUGCGUUUUCGGCAAGGUCGCUCGCUCCGAUGGCCGUAGCCGGCGGCAUCGCAGCCGGAGUAUCGAGCAGCCUUCAGCCGCCGCCGCCGCCGCCGUCACCACCGACGGAGUGGUUGCUAGGGACAGGAAGGAGGCGGCGGAGAGGCGGAGAGUGAAUCACACCGGCGACUUUCCAGUGAUCGAGCGGCGGAAGCCUUUUCAGGUGAACGAGCAAGGCUGGCCGUCGUGGCUGUUGGCCGUCGCCGGCGACGCGAUCCAGGGAUGGACGCCGCGGCGGGCCAACACUUUCGAGAAGCUAUCUAAGAUCGGGCAAGGGACUUAUAGCAAUGUAUAUAAAGCUAGAGACUUGAUUACUGGGAAAAUCGUGGCGCUAAAGAAGGUUCGAUUCGAUAAUUUGGAACCAGAGAGUGUGAAAUUCAUGGCUAGAGAAAUUAAUGUGCUGCGGAAACUUGACCAUCCAAAUGUGGUUAAGCUCGAAGGGCUAGUCACUUCAAGGAUGUCAUGUAGUCUGUACUUAGUUUUCGAGUACAUGGAGCAUGAUCUGUCCGGGCUAGCCGCCUCCACGGGGAUCAAGUUCACCGAGUCUCAGGUCAAGUGCUAUAUGAAACAGUUACUGUCCGGACUUGAGCAUUGCCACAGCCAUGGAGUCCUGCAUCGUGAUAUCAAGGGUUCUAAUCUGCUAAUUGACAACGAAGGUGUUCUAAAAAUAGCUGAUUUUGGACUGGCUACAUUUUUUGAUCCUCAUCAAAAGCAACCCAUGACUAGUCGAGUAGUUACUCUCUGGUACCGACCCCCUGAGCUUCUUCUUGGGGCCACUUACUAUGGAGUUGGUGUUGACCUUUGGAGUGCUGGCUGCAUUUUGGCAGAGUUGCUUUCUGGGAAGCCUAUUAUGCCAGGACGGACAGAGGUUGAACAACUGCAUAAGAUAUUCAAGUUAUGUGGGUCACCAUCUGAGGAAUACUGGAAAAAAUAUAAACUGCCAAAUGCAACACUUUUUAAACCACAGCAGCCAUACAAACGCUGCUUGGCAGAAACAUUCAAGGACUUCCCACCUUCUUCCCUACCUUUAAUUGAUUCUCUUCUCUCAAUAGACCCUGAUGGACGAGGCACUGCUACUGCUGCUUUAAACAGUGAAUUCUUUACUACUGAGCCUUUUGCUUGUGAGCCAUCAAGUUUACCAAAAUAUCCUCCCAGCAAGGAAAUGGAUGUAAAGUUACGAGAUGCAGAAUCUAGAAGGCAAAGAGGUCUUAGUGGGAAGUCUAAUGCUGAUGCUCCAAAGAAAGUUAAAGCUCGUGACCGAGCUGGUCGAGCAAUUCCAGUUCCAGAAGCUAAUGCAGAGAAUCAAGGAAACUUAGACAGGUGGAGAGCGAUGACACAAACAAACACAAAGAGCAAGAGUGAGAAAUUCCCGCCCCCACAUCAGGAUGGAGCUGUUGGAUACCCCCAAGAAGCAUCACAUAAAGGCCCUCUGUCAUUUGUAACAAGUGAUGCUUCAUUUGGAUCAGUGGUUUUCAACACCAAGUCUUCGGCAUCUGUUAAAAGCGUGGGAGCAGCUGGGGGUUCUUCAAGGCGGAGGAAAACCAACAGAGAGAACCCUACAAGGGCUCCUUCCAGGAAAUUCAUCCAGGCGUUUAAGCCCUCCUCGAUAGGGCUAUCAAUGAAUCUAUUAUUUAGCCGUAAUUCAUUCUCUGAGCUGAUCAAGGUGGCUGCUUUGGUCGACUUCAACGAGGAAGCAGUUGAUUUCUUGAUGAAGUCCAAGAAUUUGCAGAUCUUCUUGGAGGAUGAGGAGUUUCUCAGAACUACUGAGCAUUUGUGUGUUGCCAACAAUCAUACGAAUAUGGCGACGGCAAUGACGCCGAGAGAGCACAUAGAAGAUAUACGGAAGACCAAGUUCUCCAUCGGAGAAAAGCUCAACCCUUUAACGGAGGAUCUUCACCAGGCCGUCAAGAACCUCUCCGGCGAGCUUUACGCUAAAGACGUCCACUUUUUCAUGGAACUCGUUCAGAAUGCAGAAGACAAUGAGUACUUGGAGGGGGUUGAUCCAUCCCUUGAGUUUGUGAUUACUUCCCGCGAUAUAACAGCUACAGGGGCUCCAGCCACAUUGCUGGUUUUCAAUAAUGAGAAGGGGUUUUCUCCCAAAAACAUAGACUCCAUUUGCAGUGUUGGACGGUCCACCAAGAAAGGCAACAGGAAGUGUGGUUAUAUCGGGGAGAAAGGAAUUGGCUUCAAGAGUGUGUUCCUGAUCACUGCUCAGCCUUACAUAUUUAGUAAUGGUUAUCAGAUCAGGUUUAGUGAAGAGCCUUGUUCACAAUGCAAUGUUGGCUACAUAGUACCCGAAUGGGUUGAGCAGAAUCCCACUCUCUCUGAUAUACAAAAGAUAUAUGGUUCUGCUACUGCCUUUCCUACCACAACACUGGUCUUACCUCUAAAGCUUGACAAGGUUGAAGCUGUGAAGAAGCAACUCUCAAUCAUUCAUCCGGAAGUUCUCCUGUUCCUAUCGAAGAUUAAACGGCUCUCUGUGAGGGAAGACAAAGAGGAUCCAAGGCUGAACACUGUGAGUGCAAUUGAGAUAGCAAGCCAGACAGAUUGGGUUAGCAGGAAGAACAUUAAUGCUCAAUCCUACACUCUGAGUCUUUCAGCUGAAGAAAAUAAUGGUAAAGGAGAAUGCAGUUACUACAUGUGGAAACAAACGUUUCCUGUCAGGCGGGAAUUCAGAGUUGAGAGGAGAAUGGAGGUGGAUGAGUGGAUGAUCACCAACUUUCCCUUCAUAAUACAGGCGGAUUUUCUUUUAGCAUCUUCAAGAGAGACGAUCCUACUUGACAACAAGUGGAAUCAAGGGAUUCUUGAGUGUGUGCCUACUGCAUUUUCCCAUGCCUUCAACUCUCUUGUGAAAACUGUGGAAGAUGCACCGGCAUCAAAUUUGCCUCCUAUGUUCAGAUUCUUGCCUGUUCAGGCUUCUUCCUAUAAAGAAUUAAAUGUUGUAAGAGACUCAAUAAGAGGGAAGAUGAUUGACGAAGACAUCAUACCAGUUGAGCCUGAAAUGGAGCAGAGGUUCUUCCACAAGCCUCGUGAAGUGGGAAGACUAAUGCCUGCCUUUUGGACUAUUUUGAGGAAGGCGAGGGAUCAAGGUGUAAGCCUGAUCAAGCUUUCAUCACAUGAAAGAUUUGUUCUGUCUUAUUCCUUCGACAGUGAGGAAUAUGAUCCUAUACUAAGUUUUCUUGGAGUUGAACCAGUGCAUGAUGAUUGGUAUGAUAAAUGCAUCCAGGGUACUUCCAAUCUUGUUGAUGGAGUGUCAGAACAUGUGUACUUGGAGCUUCUACUGUUUAUUGCUGACAAUUGGGGUUCUAAAUUCUGCCGCACCAACAUGAAGAACAUACCAUUGAUAAAAUGCGCAGACUCUUUGUGCAGCAUAAGCAAAAUCCAGAAGGGUGAAUGCAGAGUUUGCUUAUCGAGCCAUUCUUCUUAUGUUUCAUGGCUGAUUGAUUGCAACCGGGAAUUUUCAUCUGUGACUCGUCUUUCCUUUAUGCCGAAAGCCACACAGGAAGCUAUCUGGGCAUGCGCUAGGAAGGAUACGUUGAAGAAAUGGCUGGCUGAUCAGGUUAAGGUUGGUUCUGUUGAUGUCUACAGAUAUGCACUUGAACUCCUUGGGAAUUCUCUUAAUGAGCGGAAGCUUGUUGUUGCAUAUGUUCACUUCUUAUAUCAGUCAUUCAACAAUGAUUUUCUCUAUAGUGGGGAUGUUGAGAAGUUAUGUGGAUGUAUGCCACUAGUGGAUAGCUACGGGAAUGUCAUCAAGACUAGAAGAGGGGUUAUUGUCCCUGCCAAUGGAAGCAAAUGGGCGGGAUUGACUGAUUCCAAUCUGUGGAGAAACGAAGGCUAUGUUGAAUUAGGAGAUCAUUACAUGAAUUCUGGCAAUUUUGCUGGCAAUUUUACACCACAGAAGAAGCUUCUUGAGUUCCUUAUAAAAUAUACUGCUGCUUUGGACGUCCCUCAUAUUUCUGCUCCAAGUGAUGGUAUCUCAUCUGUAUCUGGACCACUUACUAAGCAGAAUGCCUUUUUGCUUUUGGAUUGGAUUCGUCAGCUUAAGUAUAAAAGGGUUAACUUCCCUCAGAAGUUUUUGACCUGCAUGAAGGAAGGUAGUUGGCUAAAGGUUACUCUGAAUGGUUCUCCUGGUUAUAGGCCACCAUCCCAGUCAUUUCUGCUGACCUCAUCAUGGGGAGAUACUCUGCAGAAUGGAUCCGUUUCUGUUGACAUUCCAUUGAUUGAUAAGAGCUUUUAUGGCGAGAGCAUUAGUGAAUACAAGGAGGAGCUAAAGACAAUCGGGGUCAUGUUUGAAUAUAGCGAAGCAUGUGAAUUCAUCGGGAAGCAUUUCAUGUCUCUGGCAGCUUCAUCCUCUUUAACAAGAGAAAAAGUAUUCUCCAUUCUGCGUUUCAUCAAGUUUUUAAGGGACAAAUGUCUUUCUCCAGCUGAUUUUAUCUCUGCUAUUAAAAAAGGGAACUGGCUGAAGACUUCCCUUGGCUACAGGUCUCCUGUAGGAUCUGUUUUAUCAGAUAAAGAGUGGAAUGUUGCCUCCAAAAUUAGCAAUAUUCCCUUCAUUGAUCAGGACUUCUACGGUGCUGAAAUCUGUAAUUUCAGAACUGAACUUGAGUUGCUCGGUGCGGUAAUCUCCUUCAACAGCAGUUACCAACUUAUAAUUGACAACCUGAAGUCACCAUCUUGCAUAACUUCUUGGACACCUGAGGUUGUUAUCUUAAUGCUCAUGUGUAUGAUUCUUUCUAAAUCAUCCGAUAAACUUGUCAAGGCACUGAAAGGAGCCAAGUGCCUGAAGACAAGUAUCGGUUACAAGUGUCCAGGGGAAUGUCUCUUGUUUAAUCACGAAUGGGGUUGCAUUCUUCAAGUCAUCAGUGGUCUUCCUGUGAUUGAUCAUGAAUUCUAUGGGAGCAACUUUUUCUUGUACAGAGAUGCACUGAGAAAGAUUGGAGUGGCGGUUGAUUUUGAAGAGGCUGCAAAAGUAUUUGCUCAAAAUUUCAGGCAGUAUGCAUCAAAAGCUUCCAUCACCAAGGAAAAUGUUGCAUCAUUGCUUUUGUGUUACAGAAAGCUGAAGGGGACUUCAUAUAAAUUUCCUGCUGAUCUUAGCAGCUGUAUUGGUGAGGCCAAGUGGUUGCGUACUCGUCUCGGUGAUUAUAGAACUCCAAGGGAAUGCAUUCUCUUUAGUCCCGAGUGGGAAUCUAUAUCCCCAAUAACUCUGCUUCCUUUCAUUGAUGAUUCUGACAGUCACUAUGGAAAGAGCAUACACGAGUACAGAAAAGAGCUGAAGAGCAUGGGGGUUGUCGUAGAUUACAAGGAAGGAGCCAAGUUUGUGGCCUCUAGUCUUUAUCUCCCUAGGGAUUCCAGCCGUAUUUUUCCUGUAAAUGCACUUGCGUUGCUGGAGUGCAUUAGAGUAUUACAGGAUAAAGGUCACACCUUUCCUCCCGAGUCUGAUUUCAUGAAGAAAGUUUCUCAAGCAUGGAUAAAGACUCAUGCUGGUUAUAGAUCACCCAAAGAGUCCUUGCUGUUUGAUUCAAAAUUUGGCUUAUAUUUGAAGCGGACUGAUGGGCCUUUCAUUGAUGAGGAGUUUUAUGGUGCUAAGAUUGCAACAUACAAAAAAGAGCUCUCUGCAUUGGGUGUUGUUGUUGAAGCUGGAGAAGGAUGUUCCUUGAUUGCUGGGCACCUUGAUAAUCAUAAUGAGACGGAAGCUUUUGUUCGGCUGUAUAGUUACUUGAGUGCGUUCAAGUGGGAGCCAGACACUGAUGCUGAUCGAUGGAUCUGGAGUCCGAAAGGGGAGUGGGUUCGUCCUGAUGCAUGUGUUAUUUAUGACAAGGACGAGCUGUUUGGUUUGCAGUUGACUGUUUUGGAGAAACAUUAUGGGCAUGAACUUCUAACUUUUUUCUCCAGUGCUUUUGGAGUUAAAUCCAAUCCCACACUUGAUGACUACUUGAAGGUUUGGAAGGUUUGGGAAAGUUCUGAAAGUGGUUUGUCAUAUGCUGAUUGUUGCAAGUUCUGGAGCUACGUUUCAAAGCACUGGAAUUCAAAAACCGAAAGAACUCUUGCGGAUGCCUUGGUGAAGGUACCUGUCAAUUCAGGAUCUGUUGAAAUCUUGUUGUGCAACAAGCGCGAUGUUUUCAUCGCUGAUGACCUUCAAUUGAAGUAUCUAUUCGAGCAGUCUUCUCGUGAAUCAAUUUUUGUUUGGUACCCUCAGCCUAGUUUGCCUUCCAUUCCAAGGACCAAGUUGCUUGAUAUGUAUCGGAAAAUUGGUGUUCGCUCUAUCUAUGAAUCUGUACAGAAGGAAGAGUUAUCUCUUGCAAAUGACGUUCUAGUGGAGUCUUUUCCAAGGGAAAAGUUGAUUAAGAAACCGCUUUUCAAACUGAUUCUCGGUUUUCUUGCUGCUCCUGCCAUGGAAAUGGAAUCAGAUCAGAGGCGCAAAGCUGUUGACGGCCUUCUGAAUGUGACUGUGGUGGAGACAACUGAACCAAUCACUGUAAGAUAUAAUCUAUCAUUAACGUCUGGGAAAGUUUUGACUGUGGAAGGAAGCCGAAAGAUGCGGUUUGAUAAAGAAAAUUCAAAGAUCUUCACUCAGAAAAUGGACAAGUCUGGAGGACAGAAGAGUUCCAUUGAGUUUGCUACUUUUUUCUCUGAAGCAAUAUCUGAGAGUGUGUUAUGGGAGAGCACUGAUCAUAUAGAUUCACUCUCUGAGCUGAUCAAGGUGGCGGCUUUGCUAGACUUCAAUGAGGAAGCAGUUGAUUUCUUGAUGAAAGUCAAGAAUCUGGAAACCUUUAUGGAGGAUGAGGAGUUUCUCAAGACUGUCUAGCUACCCUUGUGGGUUAGUUAUGUGUUUACAAUAAUAUAGAUCCUGAUUGUCAAAUAGUGUUUCCUUUGAAGUUUCUUUUUGUUUUUGAUGCUGGCUUUGUUUCUGCUGAUUUUUCUUGUUGUUCUGUACAAGUAAUGCUUUCGUUUGUGCUGUCAACUAAUAUUUCAGCUUGUAUCGUAUUUCUCUAGUAUUUUUGGUUUAUCAAUUUGUAGAUUGUGUAGAAUGUUUCAUUAUAUAUUGCUUUCUGCUAUUUCACGAGUGCCAUUUUCUUUUUGAGAUAUACAAGUUCUAUCUAGUUCUGG